GGGGUCACGCGCGGUCACGCGGGGUCACGCGCGGUCACGCGGGGUCACGCGCGGUCACGCGCCAGGCCCGCUCCCCGGUAGGUCCCCAAGCGGACCGUACGUAAGAGCGGGCGGCGGAACCGGAAAUAUGGGGAGGGGGCUGUCGGCCAGGCCUCAGUGGGAGCUGUAGUUCUCACCGCAGGUUUCUUCCUCUCCGCGCUUCCCCAGCUGGCUUGCCGCCUGCGGGAGGCGCUGUUUCGCCGUCUGCCGGCCCCGAGUCGCGUUGUCUCCAAGCCCGGCGCCUAGAAGACAGUGGACAGCGACUGGGUCGUGGAUCUAAUCCAGGAUACCCUGUGGCAUUUAGUUGUCUACUGAACCUCCAGCCCAGAAUGACUACAGACCAGAGGAAAAAGUGUCUUCUCCCAGGUCCCCUCUCUCGCGCCAUGUGGCGAUAGCUUUGGGACUUCUGAACGCCCUUCUUAUGUGUUUGCUGCUUGUCCCGUGGAUUCUGUGCCAAGGUUCCACUCGUGCCAGUUGUCCUAGUUGCCCAGACUUCUGGGUGAGGUAUGGCGACCACUGUUACUACUUCUCAGUGGAGAAAAACAACUGGGAUUCUAGUCUGGACUUCUGCUUAGCUGAAGACUCCCAUCUCCUUAUGCUUACAGGCAACCAGGAAAUGAGCCUGCUUCAACCUCUCCUCAAAGAGGACUUUUAUUGGAUUGGUCUGAGGAACAAUUCUGGCUGGAGAUGGGAAGAUGGGUCAGCCCUAAACUUUUCAAGGAUUAUUUCAAACAGCUUGAUACAGAAGUGUGGUACCUUCAGCAAAAGUGGUUUCCUAGGCUCUAGCUGUGAGGCUCUUUUACGGUGGGUCUGUAAGAAGGUCAGACUUUGAUGGGUGGAUCUGUCAUAUGGCUCCCUAAAAAGGGGGAGCCAGCCUCUGGGUGCUGGGAUAGUCAUGAGUGUAUAUUUAGUGAAAGCCGAACCUUCUAGAACAUGGCAUUAGAUGUAAGAUUAAUGCGAUUUCCCUGGGACUGAUGGUUUAUUGCCGGACUCUCUUUGAGAACAGUUAGAUAGUAACAAUUUAAAGAUCAGAUCUAGGAAAAUUUGUGAAAGAAAAUAUUGUUUUAGUACUUCUCACAGUAGUGACUGAUGCUGCCUUCUUCACCCCCAUUCCCACCAUCUCUGUCAAAAAUGUACCUUUUCUGUGUUGUGGUCUGAACUGGUCCGACGAUAUCCAUGCAAAUAUAUACUAUUGCUAAUGUAUUACAGAGUUUUGAUGUGUGCUAAUAGGCUGGCAUGUUACUUAUCCCUGAUAAUAUGUUUUUCUCCUAACAAUGGCCCUUUGCAAAUAAAGCUUUAUUCUAAAGAAUACUGCCAAUAGUGACACGUAGAAAGUGGAUAAAAACAGGAUGAUGCUUUCUGCUUCUCAGCUCUCUACCACUUAGAGACUUGGCCUUGGCUGAAUUUCAUUGUUCUGAGUAUGCGUAAGCGUGGAUGAAUAAACCAAUGUAUGAGCAUAUUUUUCCAUAUUGUGAGUGCAUGAUCUGCAUGCUAAUUUCACAAUCAUGGUCAGUCGGAUAGAGGAAAAUUUACAGAAGCAGUUUAUGUGCUUGAUUCCCAAAUUAGGCACGAAUGCCUCAAAAAUAAAGAAAAACUUUAUUAUUUCUCUUAAGUAUGGUUUGGACAUAGAUGAGGAGAGAAGGUGCUGUUUAAAGAUGCAGGAAUUUACCCAAGGGGUACAGGAGGGCUGAUGCAUAGGGGCACUUGUACCCCAGUGUUUAUAGCAGCACUCUCAACAAUAGCCAAAUUAUGGAAAGAGCCUAAAUGUCCAUCAGCUGA